CCACGCCCCCUUCUCCCGCCCUCCCGCAGGCUGCACGCCGGGAAGGGGCGUGGCCACGCUGUCAUGGCGGCGCCCAUGGAGAGAGCCCCGCCCCCCUCUGAGACCACUCACGACGCAGCGGAGGAGCCAAUGGGGCUCCCCCCCCUCGCUCUGGGCCGCCCCCCCCGCCCCGUGGGAGGGGCUCAGGACGAGUUCCGGCUCCGCCCCCACAACUUCCUGCGGGGCUGCACCUGGGCCCCCGAUGGCUCCUGUGUGCUGAGCUGCAGCGCUGACAACACCCUGCGCCUGUUCGACCUCCCGCCCCCCCCCGCCGGGCAGCCCCUCCCCCAGCUGGAGCCGGCGCUGCGGGUGCCCGAGGGUGACACCAUCUACGACUACGCCUGGUUCCCACUCAUGGACUCCAGGGAGCCCCAGACCUGCCUGGUGGCCUCCAGCAGCCGGGACAACCCCGUCCACCUCUGGGACGCCUUCGAUGGGACCCUGAGGGGCUCCUUCCGCGCCUACAACCACCUGGAGGAGCCGGUGGCCCCGCACUCCCUGACCUUCACCCCCGACGGCUCCCGGCUCCUCGGGGGCUGCGACGGCUCCGUCCGGAUCUUCCCAACGGAGCGGCCGGGGCGGAACCACCAGGAGAGGGCGCUGCGGCAGGGCGGUCAGGGCCAGAGCGGCCUCAUUGGCUGCCUGGCGGUGAGCCCCAGCCAACCGGUGUUCGCCUGCGGCUCCUAUGGGCGGAGCCUGGGGCUGUACGCGCUGGAAGGGGGCGGGGCCUUGGCGCUCUGGCCCCGCCUCCCCGCGGCCCCCACCCACCUGCGCUUCAGCCCCGAUGGGAACCGGCUGUAUGCAGGGGGGCGCAAGGACACCCACAUCCUGUGCUGGGACCUGCGGCUGCCGGAGCGCCCCCUGCUGGCCAUGGAGCGUCACGUGACCACCAACCAGCGCGUGACCUUUGACCUUGACCCGACGGGCCGGUUCCUGGUGAGCGGUGACACCAGCGGCUUUGUCACCCUAUGGGACACUGCAGGGACCCCCCCGGACCCGGGGGACCCCCCCUUGCUGCCCCCAGUGCUGCGGUUCAGGGCCCUGCGGGACUGCAUCAAUGGCACCAGUUUACACCCUGAGCUCCCAUUGUUGGCCACGGCCUCGGGGCAGCGGCUGUUCCCGGCGCCGUGGGGCAGUGACGAGGAGGAGGAGGAGGAGGAGGAAGGGCCCCCCCCGGGGGGGGACAAUCGGCUCCAGCUGUGGUGGUGGGGACAGGAACCCCCCGAGGACAACGGCUGGGGUACGGCCAUGGACAGCGAGUGGCAGCCAAUGGGGGACACCCAUUGUCACCCUAUGGGGGGCACCGACUGUGAUGCCGAUUGUCACCAUAUUGAGGAUACCCAUUGUCACCCUAUUGAGGAUACCCAUUGUCACCCUAUGGGAGACACCGACUGUUAUGCCGAUUGUCACCCUAUGGGGGACACCCAUUGUCACCCUAUGGGGGGCACCGACUGUGACGCAGAUUGUCAUCCUAUGGGAGGCACCGACUGUGAUGCCGAUUGUCACCCUAUUGAGGACACCCAUUGUCACCCUAUUGGAGACACUGACUGUGAUGCCAAUUGUCACCCUAUGGAGGACACCCAUUGUCACCCUAUGGAGGAUACCCAUUGUCACCCUAUGGGGCACACCGACUGUGACACCAAUUGUCGCCCUAUGGGGGACACCAACUGUGACACCGAUUGUCGCCCUAUGGGGGGCACCAACUGUGACACCAAUUGUCACCCUAUGGGGAACACCGACUGUGACGCUGAUUGUCAACCUAUGGGGGACACCGACUGUGAGGCUGAUUGUCACCCUAUUGAGGAUACUCAUUGUCACCCUAUGGGAGACACGGACUGUGAUGCCGAUUGUCACCCUAUGGGGGACACCCAUUGUCACCCUAUGGGGGGCACCGACUGUGAUGCCGAUUGUCACCCUAUGGGGGACACCCGUUGUCACCCUAUGGGGGGCACCGACUGUGACGCUGUUUGUCACCCUAUUGAGGAUACUCAUUGUCACCCUAUGGGGGGCACCGACUGUGAAGCUGAUUGUCACCCUAUGGAGGAUACCCAUUGUCACCCUAUGGGGGGCACCAACUGUGAUGCCGAUUGUCACCCUAUUGAGGACACCCAUUGUCACCCUAUGGGGGGCACCGACUGUGAUGCCGAUUGUCACCCUAUUGAGGACACCCAUUGUCACCCUAUGGGGGGCACCGACUGUGACGCUGAUUGUCACCCUAUUGAGGACACCCAUUGUCACCCUAUGGGGGGCACCGACUGUGAAGCCGAUUGUCACCUUAUGGAGGAUACCCAUUGUCACCCUAUGGGGGGCACCGACUGUGAUGCCAGUUGUCACCCUAUGGGGGACACCCAUUGUCACCCUAUUGAGGAUACCCAUUGUCACCCUAUGGGGGGCACCGACUGUGAUGCCGAUUGUCACCCUAUUGAGGAUACCCAUUGUCACCCUAUUGAGGACACUGACUGUGAUGCCGAUUGUCACCCUAUUGAGGACACCCAUUGUCACCCUAUCGAGGAUACCCAUUGUCACCCUAUGGGGCACACCGACUGUGGCACCGAUUGUCGCCCUAUGGGGGACACCCAUUGUCACCCCACUGAGGACACCAGGGCAGUGUCUGGUGACUGUCACCCCCUUGGGGACACCGACUGUGAUGCCAGCACUGAGCACCCCACAUCCACUGCGUGUGAGCCCCCCCAUGGACACUGAAUGUCAGCCCUAUGGGGACACCGCCUGUGUCACCGUCACCUACAGCCCCACAGGGACCCCCCCAGGGCUGAUGGGUUGUGUCUGGGGUAGGUUUGGGGGUUGUUUUUAGGGGGGGUGUGGGUCCAGGUGAGUUUUGGGGUCUCACGUAUGGGUCUG